CCGGACGUCAAAGCGUCAACAUCUGGUCCAGCCGACGGGAGCUGCCGCGGAGGCCGCCCUGUCAAUCAGCAGGCGACGGGACAAGUGUCUAGGCAGGAUGUCAGCCGACUGGUGAGUGGUGACGCAGCCCGGGAUGUCGGUGGUGGCGGCGGGCGACGGCCGGAAGGCGUCUGUGGAGGAGCGGCGGUCUCGCGUCCACCAGGAGCUGCAGGAGCUGCAGCAGCGGCGCCACCAGCAGCGCCUGCAGAGGGCGCACGAGCAGCGGGAGCUGCGCGACAUGCUGGCCAAGUACUCGCCGUGGGGAAAGCCGGGCUGCGGCGCGCCGAACCCUGACGGCAUCCGCAAGAGGAAGAUGCGGCUGGACGGGCUCUUCCCGGACGACGAGAAGAAGGGCCAGCGGCCUACCGCCCCGCCAGUGGACGGGCCCCCCCGAGCCUCGCCGUCCCCGUCGCCCAGCGGCGGUCUCCGCAGGGACCCGCUGAUCCACUUCCAGGCGCACGAGACGGGCCGCCGCUGCGUCGACAACCUGCUGAGGUACCGCCAGCCCGGGGAGCAGCAGCGCGCAUACAAGCAGCAGCUGGACAACAUGGUAGCCGAGAGGCGGAGAUUGCAGGCGGAGGAGGAGCGGAGGCAGAAACAACUGGAGACACAGCUGGGCUGGACGGAUAACUCGACGCUGAGGACGACAGAGAACCAGCGCUACCGCCGCUACAACGGCCACAACAACCAGCUCAACAGCAGCAUCAGCUUCACCAGCAGGAACAACAGCAACAGCAGCAACAACAACUGUCUCACCUACAAUGGCCACAAGGAAGAGGACUCUGGCGGCGUGGAGUUGGUACCCCUGCUGACGAGGCGACGGCCGCCGCAGGCGCCCAGGCACCCGCUGGCUUCCACUGACGUCACCCGCGUCCGCUCCGAGCCCCCCAGCGCGAGCCCGAGGUCCUGGCUCAAGUCGGGCAGUGACUACAUCCAGGAGCUGUCCCGCCAGGUGACCACCAAGCAGCAGGAGCAGCAGAGGGCAGUGCAAGAGGAACGCGAGAGCAGCCGGAAGCACCACGAGACGUGGCGUGGCCUGUGGGGGCGGCCAGGCCACGGUGCACCCCGUGAGGUCGCCACCAAGGCCAACCUGGACACGCUGCUGCGGCAGGUCACCGUAAAGUAGGACUGGGCACCGGCGCCAUGGCCCGCACCGUCAAAUGGGGCCAGCCGGCGUGGCGCACCUGGUCGAAUAGGGCCGGCGCAUCUCACUCCGUCAAACGGGGCCUGAGCCACUGUGCACUGUCAAACAGAGCCACCGUGCACUGUCAAACAGAGCCACCUCGAUGGUAAACUGUGCAGCCGUCCCCAGCAGGAUACCAACAGCCCCCCUCCCUCAACCUGGUAUCAACUAGUACACUGGGAUCAGCACAAUGUAAACAAACACAGGUGCCAAUGUAUUUGUUUAUCUCAGGUCAGCAUCCUCCUCAUCCCUUCCUUCUUCUAACUAUCCCAACGUUUCUUAAAAGGUCAGCUGGUGCUAGUAUCUCAGUCUAGCAUUUCAUGGCUUAUGGUGACUUACAUAGUUCACACUGCCCAACAUUUCACACCCAAUGCUAAGAUAGAGAGAAGAUGUUAAGUUUUGCUCUUCAUCAAUUGGCCUUACUUAAUUGCUAGUACUUAAACAUUCAGCAGUCUCAAGACCAACUGCCAUUGGCUAG